UAUCCAAUAAUUAUCAUUACCACUUGUGGUGGAGGCAGCAAAACUUGACCAUGUUCAACAAAGUGAUCCCUACCUCACUUCUUUCAGUAUUGAGUCUUUUGCUUCUGCUCACCUGCUUCCUUUGGACCAUCUCUGACGUUGCUGUCGCUGCUUCAAGCCAUGCAGGAGGCAUCACAAGGCACUACAAGUUCGAUGUAAAGUUGAUUAACGUUACAAGGCUAUGCCACACAAAGAGCAUGGUGACGGUGAAUGGAAAGUUUCCAGGGCCUCGCGUUGUCGCCAGAGAAGGGGACAGAUUAUUGGUCAAGGUGGUCAAUCACGUUGCAAACAAUAUCACCAUCCACUGGCACGGAGUGAGACAAGUGAGGAGCGGGUGGUCGGAUGGGCCAUCGUACAUAACCCAAUGUCCGAUUCAAACCGGGGGGAGCUAUGUGUAUAACUUCACCAUUGUGGGGCAAAGGGGAACCUUGUUCUGGCAUGCUCACAUCUCCUGGUUGAGGGCAUCCGUCUAUGGUCCCCUCAUUAUUCUGCCCAGGCGUAACCAAUCUUAUCCUUUUCCCAAACCCUACAAGGAACACACCAUCCUCUUGGGAGAGUGGUGGAAUGAGGAUCCAGAGGCUGUUAUUUCACAAGCUCUUCGGACAGGUGCGGGUCCCAAUGUCUCCGAUGCCUACACCUUUAACGGACUCCCUGGGCCCCUCUACAAUUGCUCCGCUCAUGACACGCUCCGGAUAAAGGUGAGAGCGGGAAAGACGUACCUGCUCCGACUGAUCAACGCUGCACUCAACGACGAGCUCUUCUUCCGAAUAGCGAACCACAGCCUCACUGUGGUGGAAGCCGAUGCAUCUUACGUCAAGCCCUUCACUUCCGACACCAUCCUCGUCACACCCGGACAAACCACAAACGUUCUUCUCCGAACAAAACCCUUUUACCCUAACGCCACUUUCUUCAUUCUGGCCCGACCCUACUUCACUGGAAUGGGCACUUUCGACAAUUCCACUGUUGCUGGCAUUCUUCAAUAUCAAGCCCCCUCCAACACCAACCAUGUUGGUUUGAAUAGUCUUCGCCUCUCGAAACCCGCCCUUCCUGCCAUCAACGACACUUCUUCCGUCGCCAAUUUCAGCAGCAAAUUUCGUAGUUUGAAUAGUCCCGAGUACCCAGCCAACGUGCCCCGGAUAGUGGACAGGCACUUCUUCUUCACCGUGGGCCUUGGGAGCAGCCCAUGCCCAAAAAACCAAACCUGUCAAGGGCCCACUAAUACAUCCAAAUUUCAGGCUUCCAUGAAUAACAUAUCUUCUGCUCUGCCUUCCGUGGCCAUCCUGCAACAGCAUUUCUUCGGGCUGGCUGAAAAUUACACCCCUGAUUUCCCGGCUUUCCCACUCACACCAUUUAACUAUACGGGUACGCCUCCCAAUAACACCGGGGUCAGCAACGGAACUAAGGUUUUAGUCAUACCCUUUAAUACCAGCGUGGAGGUAGUAUUGCAGGGCACAAGCAUUUUGGGAGCUGAGAGCCAUCCCUUGCAUCUCCAUGGGUACAAUUUUUACGUUGUGGGUCAAGGUUUUGGGAACUUCAACCCUAUGACAGACCCACAAAAGUUUAACCUUUUGGACCCUGUUGAAAGGAACACUGUGGGUGUGCCUUCUGGGGGAUGGGCUGCGAUACGUUUCUUGGCAGACAACCCAGGGGUGUGGCUCAUGCACUGCCACUUCGAUGUACACCUGAGUUGGGGACUGAGGAUGGCUUGGAUUGUGGAAGAUGGGAAGCUCCCUGAUCAAAAGCUGCCUCCGCCUCCGCGUGAUCUCCCCAAGUGCUGAUUUCUUUUGUUUCUUGAUCCUCCGACAAAUUUCUCCAUCUCUUACCCUUCUUUUCUUUCUCUACUUUGGUUUAAGCUAUAGGAUUUUGCCGAGAUCUUUUUCCCCUCUUCUCGGCGUGGUCAAUAAGGGUGAAGAGAAAACGAAAAUUGGUGUCUAACUUGUGUUUUGGGUUGUGGCAGUUUGAUGUUCUGAGACUCUGUCCUUGCACUAAACUAUUGAAGGAAAUUUCGGGUACGUGUUUUACUGGAUUGUGUCUCCAGGAAUGUACGUCCAUCUUUUUCCAAAAGAACUGAUGAAUAAUAUAUGAGAUUAAUUGAAUAUGAUAUUUCUUCUUUCCA